AUGGACUCGUCCUCGACAAUAGACCGUGCCGCAGGACAGCGCUUGUACACUCUUCCUUUCCUUUUGCCCUGCUUUCUGCUCCUGAUCGCCUCUGCUGGAGCUCAACCUGUUUCCCUUCCAUUCUCUUUCUGUGCUCCUUCAACCUUUCAUGAACCGAACCCGCUCAAACGUGUCAAUGUCACGGCCGUGUACGGUCAACUCUACCAUCCAGACGAUCCCACAACAAGAGCGUUGAAGCUCACGGCGAUAGGGGAAAUUGGAGACACUCUUGAGGGAUACUUAAACUCGACUGGAUUCCUAGCGACGUUGUUCACCUCGACAGACUAUCUAACUUAUUCUAUAUCCGACAAGACCAGCUCGUUUUGCGAAGUCCUUCGGCCACCCUCUCCGCUCCCGACUCUCCCAACAAACGACACGUUCUACUGCCCGCUCUCCGCCGGUCCUCUUGCAUUUGGACUGGCUGUACCUCUGCCCUUGGAAUCAUACGCACUCAAGACAUUGGUUACCCAACUUCGCAUCGUCGAUUCGUCGAGCCCCGCCCACGAACUUGCAUGCGUCGAGAUUGCAGCCACGCCUGCACCUAGGGAACAUAGGAUCUAUGGGGGCUGGACCGGAAUCUUUUGGGGUACGCUCGGUCUCACACUGGCCUUCUGGCUUGUGACCAGUAUUGGGCGGGUCAGUGCCGCCUGGGACCGGGGACUGGGAAGAACAGGACACCCAUGGUGGCUGAAGCUGGAGAGGACAGGGUUCGUCCUUGCAAGUGCCCUCUCGGGCGAAAAGUUUUCCGUAUCCCCUGCUUUGUUGCGUUUUGCGACCCCAUCCGCUCGCGACCUUGUUCUGACCACUCAAUGGUGUGCGACACUCGGCAUGAUUGCCGUUCAGUGGCCAGACUUUAUCUAUCCCAUGUUUGCUCAAACGGCCUGGUCGACACUGCUGUCCAAUUCCACCCUGGUGUCGGGCGCGACAUGGAACCCUUUAUAUUCGACCUCAUUUGACCCACCGUCCGAGUUUCGAGACCAGAUCAUGGACUCGAACUCGUCUUUAUAUCUGGACAUCGCACAGCCAAACCUUCUCCUUACGUUUCCUCCAAACGCUCAUAACGGCAUGGACAAGUUUGUUUCGUCUGUGGGGCUUCUCCCGCAGCACGCAUUCGGCACUUGUCUCGCGAUAUUCCUCAUUAUUGUCGCCGUUGUAGUGAUUUUGAGUACAGUGAUCACCCUCAUCGGAUGGACUGGAUCAGCGCUUCUUGGGGGAUCCAAGAAGCCCUCUACGGAGCGAAAAGAUUUACCAGAAGCCGAAGUCCGGCGUGCCCCGUGGAGAAGGCGCUUUGGUCUAAAUUCAUUCCACGGCAGCGUGGCACACGGUAAUCUCGUGCGGCUCCUCAUCCUCUUCCACCUUCCAAUCACCAUAUUUUCGUGCUAUCACCUCCAAUUGGGUUCCGACGUUGCGACGGCGAAAAGCAAGGUCCUCGCCGGGCUCUCAUUCACCAUAUUCUCCUUGAUCCUCCCAGGCUGGCUUAUAUUUCGUAUCGUCACUACUAGCACAAGCAAGCUCUACGAGGCAACUCGCACCCUUCUCGCCCUGGGUCCGCUCUACAACCAGUACCAGCCACGGUCGCAGCUGUUCUGUGCGGGAUUCUUUGCCUCCAAUAUAAUUGUCGGCAUUGUUAUUGGAUUUGGACAGCAGAGCGGCACUGUUCAAGCCGUUAUCAUCCUUGUUGUCGAGGUUCUCACCACUCUUUCGACGAGCGUGUGGCUGCCGUGGAUGACAGGGGCACAGAUGGGAGUGAUUAGCUUCAUGUUCUGCGUCGCCCGCAUUGUCGCAACCGUCCUAGUUGUCAUAUUGGCUCCUCCAGUCAAUAUAGGUUCUCAAGCUGGUGGAUGGAUUGCAUUUGGCAUUCUCUCCAUUCUUGGACUCAUGUAUCUUGGAUUCGCAAUCAUGUUGGUCACAAAGCUACUCGAAGGCAUCGUACGCGCAGUACGCGGGUUGUCAUUUGCAAGCUCCAAGCAUUCUCUCGAUUCUGGUCUGUUUGGUGCGUUGGGUUGUUGCGGUGGAACCACGAGGAAGAACAAGCGCCGCAGCCACCGUCGCAGUGGCGAACGGAGAAGCGGAGAAAAUCGCGCACGUCACUCGCGUGGCUACUCUGAAUCAACGGCGAAUACAGUGGCGCCAUCAUACGCCAGACCGUCCAACAUCUCGUACCUCAAGCCAGAGCAAGCCUCGAUGCCGUACCGCGAGAGUAGUGACGAUGAUGCAGGCUUUAUCAUGGAAUCAUGGUCGAAGACGGAUCUCAACCUGCCCGGGGGUCCCCGAUCUAAAUCAAAGGUGACUUUGGAAAGCUUGGGUGGUGAAGAGCAACCAACCUCGACGGGAUUCGCGCGCGUUGGCGGAGGUCGGGCCCAUUUCGAUACACCGUAUGCAAUCAUGAAGGGCAAGCAAGCAGCCGCACCUGGUCGUACAGCGGCCACUCCAGCACCAAUAUCUCAGUUUGGUGGCCAGCCACCCUUUGAGACACCUCCGUCUAUCUCAGCACCUCCAGAACCCUUGCCAAAGGGUGCUGCACGUCCACUUCACUCACGAACACGCUCUCACACAGCCGUCAUCGAGGACGUAUCGACACUCUAUCCUGGCGCCAUUCCUGGCGCCACAACGGCAACUUCAAAGUCGACUAGCCGACCUGGGUCAUCUGGGAAUGCGAGUAGGCCGGGUUCAUCUGGAAGGAGUGCGACGCAGCACGGUCGACCGAGCUCCGCUGGAAAGUCGCGGUCAUAUAGUAGGCCGGCUUCCAGUCAUAACGGGAAGAGUGGACCCGCAACGGAUGAGAUGGGUGUAAAUCAUGCCGCACCAAAGUCUGCGUCCACCUCGAAGAACAAGGGACGAGGUUGGUUUGGGCUUGGUGGACCGUCGGGCGGUGACAGCUCUUCUGAUGAAGAUGAUGAAGAGGAGAGUAAGGAAUCAUCUGGAAAGAGAAGCGGUGCCGGGGGUCGCUGGGGCUUCAAGCGGAGGAGAAAGAGCGAAAGCGAUAUGAGCCCGGUUCCAACGCCGACGGCGGAAAACCGCUCCUUUGUGGUCAUUCGAAAUCGACCUCAGCAGAACCCAGGGUAUACGGCUGUUCCGCCGGUGCCGACAGAGGGUGGUGGGGGUCAUCAAGCAUUCAACGCAUUCAACGUCGAUCCUUAUGGCAGCCCGUCGAAUGAGCCUAGCGGACUAAACAAUGUCAAUAUGGUGCUUGUCUCACGGACGCCUAUUACACCAGAGGCUGGUGACCAGCGCCCUAUGUCCCCUCCAUCGUCAUAUGUCGCACCUCGGGGCUCGAGCCGUCGAAUGUCGAGUCCACCGAGUUGA